AUGGGCCAGCUCUCUUCUUUUGUGAGGUCUUCUCCUCCACGUCUUACUCUUACUUUGGAAGGAAAAUCAGGUCUCGAUCCCUGCUUUGACACGUCAUACCACCUCAUCAUCACAAUCACGCGGGAUGGAGAUGAUCCCCAGACACAACCAUGUAUCAUUCACUGGGACCCUGUUGAGGAUGCAUUUGGCCAGCCGGGUAUAAUGCUAAUCCGUUCUAAUUAUGACUUCACGGAGGACCUGGGACCUUUGCAAGUCGACUCUAACCAACUGCGGGCAAAAUCUUUCCAACCGAGGGAGGUUUCCCAGUCCGACCCCUGCUUCAAAGAACUGUACCCAGGCUCCAGCGUCUCUUGGGAGUUGGACUUGCCCUCUAUCUACUUUAAUGCCCUUGAACAAGGACGCAAUUACAGAAUCCGCUGGGUAGGCGGCCAAAUCUCUUUGUGGGACUGGGGCACAUUAGCGCAGCACAGUGGCCGCACACUCGGCCCCAAGGAACCCCCUGUGGUCCUCCCGGACGGACCAGAACAGCUACUGAGCGUCGGUUUUAUUGAAGCCGAUAUAGAAGAAGAGCCACCCUCAUUGCCGCCUUCUCCCGCACCCAUUCUGGCACCUUCCAGGAUGAGUGGCGCCCCGGUCUUCAGCCUCACCAUCGCAGGACCUGCUACGCUAUCGAUGAGAGACAGUGAUCCAACCAGUCGGCUACGCUAUCCGGUCACAAUGACACUCUCGUAUGAUGCAGCUCCGGAUGGCUUAGACGGAAAGCCAGUCACAUUUCAUACUUUCAUAUUCAAAUAUCUCGAUAGCCAGCAAGGCUUCAGGCUCUCCUUUAGGAAAAAGGGAGAUGACGACUGGAGCCCACAUGAAAUUCCGGAAAUAUUUACGUACCACAAGUACAGAUGGUCCAAGCCGGUCCCGGUAAAUGUUGGCCGCACCGACCAGGAUGAAUUUGCGACCCUGGUGCCUGGUGAGUCGUGGUCAUUCACGCGAAAGGUGACUCAUUUCCCGAAGCAUGUAGCGCCUGGUGAUGAAUACCGGUACCGGUUCAAGGGAGGCCAGCUUGACUGGUGGGAUUGGGGACACCUUAGCGAUCAUGAGGAUACUGUGGUGUGGAUUGAUGACUGGGUUCGCGAUCCAAAAGAUAAUGGGGGCCGGCCAGGGCUUGUGGUGCCGGCUAGUAACUCGAUCGAGUUUACAGUGGUUGAAUGA